UCGAGCUUCUUUGUCUUCUACUCCUUAUUCGGUCCCGAUUUCGGGCUCGAGUACGUAGCCAAGGAUUUUGAAGCAAAAAGGUUUGCGAGGCUAGAUAUACUGGUGGUGGUGCUAAGUUUUGGGGUUUCGGCGACGCUGCGACGGCCGCGAGGGAUAUUGUGGUGGAGGAGAGAGAGGCGUAUGGGUACCGUGAGACCUCUCUUUCUCCUUUGCCUUUUUUUUUUUCUUUUCUAUCGCCUCUGUCUCGCCGGAGUAAGAGCGCGGAGCAGAACGUCGAGCGCAGCGAGGCGAAGCGGGGGAGAGGCAAUGUCUACGUCGCCCGAUGCAGAUUCAGUCGACGCCCUUGGCUCCCAGAUCCAUUCUCUCCAGACGACAAUCAACGAGCUGGAGAAGCAGAACGCCGACCUUUCUUCUCGACUCUCUGGAUGUUGCUGUCAAAAGAUGGAAGACAAGAUUGGUUGUGUCGUAGAGGGAGGCGGAGUGGUCGAUGGGAAUGGCAAAUCAAUGAAGCUGGACAAGAAGACUAGGAAGAAAAAACGUGCUACUGGUCAAACUUUUUGAGCUCCAAUUGCAUGUUUAAUCUGAACCACUGAGAUCUUGUAUGUUUAUUGUUCUUCAAGUUCCAGUCGAGGGUUUUACAGUGA